AUGUCCAACUUUGUCCUGCCGCUCUCGCAAGUCGAGAAGGAUGCAAGGAAUCAUGCACUGCUUUGCUCCAUCGGGUUUUUGAUUUUGCUUCCCCUCGGCAGCCUUACUGCACGAUAUUUGCGGACAGUCACGAAUGGCUGGUGGUUUGGCCACUGGUUGACCAAUUUCGUCGUCGCUGGCCCUGUGAUCUUCGCGGGUUGGGCUCUAGGGUACAAGACGACGAAUGAAGGGUUUACGGGGGGGCAUUUCAAUGAUCCACACAAGAGAAUUGGACUCACGCUCCUGAUCUUGUAUUGUAUCCAGCUCCUCCUGGGCAUGUUCAUUCAUUUCUUCCGCGUACCCUUCUUAUUCGUGGGGCAUCGACCCCCACAGAAUUACUUCCACGCCAUAUUUGGCUUGAUCAUACUCGCUCUCGCGGCGUACCAGGUCCAUUACGGUUUAUAUACGGAGUGGGUGUUCUCGACUGGGAACCUACAUCCCGUUCCUGAAUCCGCGAAGCAUGCAUGGCUAGCGCUCAUAAUUGUGCGUCACCAUGAUCUUAUCAAAGUGUGGUCAGAACUGACUGUGAUGAUUUUCGUGUUCCAUCUCACAGGUCUUCUGGUCACUUUAUGCUCUGGGCUUGGCAUUUCUACCGAGGCAGUAUCAACAAGAAAGUGA